AUGUCUACAGCAGAGAAACUGACUUUACUACAAGAGGACAAGUACUCAGUCAAGAAUUCAGCCUUGGGGAAGGAGCCAAACGACAAGGUCAAGUCCUCCUCCUCAACAAAUUCUACUGCCACCACUCUAGCUAAUGAAAAGGAUAAAUCAUCAGCAAAACAAGAGCCAAUUGUUAAUGAAAAAGAAAAGAAGAAAGAAGCAUUUAUAACAAGAACAAUUUGGACUUUUGUUAUGAUUGGCGGUUUCUUUGCUCUUUUGGCAUCGGGUCAUUUACCAUUAAUUGGCUUGGUUUUGAUGAUUCAAGUUUUGGUAUUUAAAGAAGUUAUUGCUUUGACUUCUGAACCAGCAAGAGAUAAGAAAAUCCCUUGGAAUAGAUCUUUACAUUGGUAUUUCUUGGUUACUACUUGGUAUUAUUUGGAUUUCCCUGCAUUGUUUGAUUUCUUUCAAGAAUCGGUGUACUCUAGUAAAGUUUUAACCUUACUUGUUCUCAAUCAUAAAUUCAUCAGUUACACCUUGUAUAUUUCUGGGUUUGUAUUUUUUGUUUGGACUUUGAAGAAAGGUUACUAUAGAUUUCAAUUUGCCCAAUUGUGUGUCACACACAUGGCAUUGUUGUUGGUUGUUUUCCAAGCGCAUUUGAUUAUCGGAAAUAUCUUGAAUGGUAUCAUUUGGUUCUUUUUACCGGCUACUUUGGUCAUUGUCAAUGAUAUCUUUGCUUACUUGUGUGGUAUCACUUUUGGUAGAACCCAAUUGAUUGAAAUCAGUCCAAAGAAAACCGUUGAAGGUUUUGUUGGUGCUUGGAUAUGUACGGGUAUUGCUGGGGUUAUUGCUUCUCAUAUUUUAUCUAAAUCUGAUUACUUGAUUUGUCCUGCAAUUAAUUUAUCCACUCACUUGUAUAAUUUCCCACAUUGUGAACCAAACCCUGUUUUUAUUCCACAAGUUUUUCAAUUACCUGCAAAUAUUGUUGAGAUGACUGGUGUUGAAAUAAUUACCUUUAAACCAUUCUACUUCCACACAGCUGUUUUGGCAACUUUUGCAUCUUUAAUUGCUCCAUUUGGUGGAUUUUUUGCCAGUGGGUUGAAACGUGCCUUUGGUAUUAAAGAUUUCGGUGAUACAAUUCCAGGUCACGGUGGAUUAACUGAUAGAUUUGAUUGUCAAUUUUUAAUGGGUUCAUUUACUUAUUUGUAUUAUCAAACUUUUGUUACCAACCGUAGUAUGAAUUUAGGUAAAAUUUUGCAAAUGGCCAUUAUGAAUUUAUCAUUGCCUCAAUUAUUGCAAUUGUCCAAGAGUUUAUUAAGAUAUUUGAAUAGAGAAGAUAUAAUCAGUGAUGAGAAAUUAGAAGCUAUUUUCAACUUAUUAGAAAAUUGA